AUGGACAGUGAAGCAAGUGACGUUGAGCUAGAGUUAUCGGACAGCGCCUCAGCUGGGGGGGAAGAAUACAUUGACGAUGAUGAUUAUACAGAGGAUCUCGACGAUCAGGUAGUCACAACCAAAUCAUCCAGAAGGACAGCACGUAAGAGAGGUUCUAAGGGUGUAAGAACCUCAAAACGCAUUAGGGAUAAAGAACUUACAGGGGGUGUUGAUGAGGACUAUGAUGAGGAUGAGGAUGUAUUGAGCCCUUCUAAGAAGCGUCAUUUACAUACCAGAUCAAUGGACAAAAGGCAACUUGUUGCAACAGCUUUUGAAAAUUCUGAUAUUGAUGAUAGUAAAGUCAAUGAUGGCGAAAUGGAAGAUGGUGUAACGGAAGAAGAGAGUUUAGAAAAGGAGCUGAAUAAAGGUGAAGAAAAAGACGAGUUAGAGAAAAGUGAAGAAACCUAUUACGACCAAAAAGAUGUUGGGCAGAAAAGGGAGGGGGAGCAAGACGGGGAAUCUGGAGGCUAUGAGGAUAAUGAAGCCAGUGGAAGUAAGGAGUCAGAUGAACUGGCGUCCGUAGUGAAUGGUAAUGGUAAUGGUAACGAGGAGGACGAUGAACUUGAGGCAACAAAAGAAAAUACAACAGAUUCUACUAGAAGCGCUACAACUCGAAGUAAAAUGCUGUUAGAUUUACUGGAAGAUGGUGGGUCUAAAAAGAAAUUAACAGAUGAGGAAAUCCAGCUGCGAAGAGCCGAAAAUGCACGUAAACGGAAGAACCUUAGCGAGAAGAGAUUGGAAGAAGAGAAGCAAGACACAAUCAACAAGCUUUUGAAGAAAAGAGCUGGUAAGUCUAGGAGUCACCUACCGAAUGAUGAGGAAAAAAAUGAUGGCUCCUCAAGUUUCGUAAAACCGCGCAGGCCAUACAAUAGCGAGGGUAUGACGAGAAUUCUGAGGAAAUAUAAAGAAGAUUUAUUUUGUACGUUUUGA